AUGCAGGGAGUGAGGUGCUGCCCGGUGGCCGGCGGUGGCCUGGGCAUGGAUCUGGCGGUGGCGGCGGCGAAGAAGAAGAGGACCGGCGGCGCCACCGCAGCGCCGCUGUCGAUCGACGGGGCGGAGACGGUGGAGACGCGGGUGGGGCGGCUGAUCGUUGAGAACCCCGUCGUCAUCUUCAGCCGCUCGUCGUGCUGCAUGUGCCAUGUCAUGAAGCGGCUGCUGGCGGCCAUCGGAGUCCACCCCAUGGUCGUUGAAUUGGACGACGACGAGAUCGACAGCGCCGCGGAGUCUCUCUCCCUCUUCUCCGACGCUGGCGCCCGUGGGGGGCUGGUUUCGCCGGUUGUCUUCAUCGGCGGCGCCGCCGUCGGGGGACUGGAGAGCCUCAUGGCGCUGCACCUCACCGGCGAGCUGGUGCCCAAGCUGGCGCAGGUGGGCGCCCUCUGGCCGUGA